AUGUCAUCAAAAAUAUCUUAUUUGUUGGAAAAGCUUUAUGAUAUGGACAGAAAGCUUGGUGGAAAAGAAUAUAUCGAUGAAAAAAAGAAGAAUUAUGAUGAAUUCACUGGUCUCAAGGAUGUAGUUAUCUAAUUAUUUUUCGAUAUUUAGAAAAAAAUCGACUAAAAAUAAUUAUUUCAAACAAGAAAUACUGAGUUAAUCAAAUUGGAAUUUGAAAUUAAGAAUAAAAUGGUAGUAUGCAACCAAAAUAUAGUUAAGAUGAAUGAUUAUUUGAAGAAAAAUAGAUCAAAAGAUGAAAACUUAUUCUAAAAAAGAUAGAAAAUUUAUGACAAUCUCCACCAGCAAUACAUCACCCUAAAUAAUUUAUUAUUUAAAAAUGAUAAUGAUAUAUCUUCAUAUGAUGAUAACAACACUAUCAAUGAUUCUUCAGCUAAAAUUGGAUUCCAAUCUAGAUAAAAAGGAGCUAGGAGAGAUUUAACAGAUCUAGAAAAAAAUUAAAUGAGAGAAAUAGAAGAAUAGGAUUAAUUGUAGGAAAAAAUUCUAGAUUAACUAAAUGAUGGAGUCCUUAAUCUAAAAGCAAAAGCAGAAAAAAUAGGAGAAUCUAUAUAGCAUACUAUUGAUCAAUGUAAAUAGCUUGAAGCUGAAAUGACUAAAACAGAAACUGUUCUUAUCAACUCAAAUGAUAAAUUGAAAAGUAUUGUAAAAGCAUAUAGAUCUCCUUCUAAAUGUUGUCUUGACUUUGUUUUGAUAAUUAUUUUAAUAGGUCUCGGAGUCGCUAUUUAUUAUUAACUUAAAUGA